CUACGCUCUAUACUUUUUGAAUCCACACUGUACACCCUCCCCCAACAACCACCACUACGCCAUUUCCAUUUCCUAUAAAGCCUUAGAGUCCUUCCUCUGCCUUCAAAAUCCAUAUCCUCUGCGUUUACAUUGCUUCUCCAGCUCUCUCAUCUUUCAGCGAAAUAGAUAUUAAACUAUUUUGGUGUGGAUAAAAUAACAAAUACGUUCGAAGAUUGAUUAAGUUAUCAGCGAAAUCGAGCUAUUGCGAGAAUGGAGGCAAAAAUUGCGCAGAGUUUGAUACUUUCACCGGGGACCGGUUCGGAGAAAAUUGUAAGGGGACCGAGAGGUUCGGUGCGGUUCUCUCGGCGAUCCAGGGAACAGGAUAGGUUUCAUCAGCUAGUCUCUGUUCAAUUGCAGCCUAAAACAAGCCCUUCGAAUAGGCUCAAAGCGGUGUCCUGUUCUUAUAAGAACUUUCCAGCUUCAAUCUUGGAAACUGGAGGUCUCCAAGCUUCUUUUGAUGACGCUCUGAUUUUGAAGAAUAAGUCACAAGAGAUCGAGCCAUAUUUAAGUGGACGCUGCAUAUAUCUUGUUGGUAUGAUGGGCUCUGGAAAAACAACAGUGGGCAAAAUUUUGUCACAAGUACUUGGCUAUUCCUUUUCUGAUAGUGACAUGGUGGUGGAGCAGGACCUUGGUGGAACUUCUGUAACUGAAGUAUUCAAGCUCUAUGGGGAGGGCUUCUUCAGAGAAAAGGAGACUGAGGCAUUACGGAAGCUGUCUUUGAUGCAUCGAUUUGUUGUUUCUACUGGUGGAGGUGCAGUUGUUCGGCCCAUCAACUGGAAAUAUAUGCAGAAGGGAAUAAGCGUCUGGUUGGAUGUUCCAGUAGAAGCCUUGGCCCAUAGAAUUUCAGCUGUAGGAACUGGUUCUCGUCCCCUUUUGAAUCAUGAUUCGGGUGAUGCAUACAAAAAGACUUACAUGCGUCUGUCUAAUCUUCUGGAAGAGAGGUUUGAAGCAUAUGCCAAUGCAAAUGCGAGGGUUUCCGUGGAAGAUAUUGCAGCUAAAUUAGGACAUAGAGAUGUAUCCAAUCUCACACCAACUGCUAUUGCAAUUGAGGCACUUGAACAAAUUGAGGGCUUCCUAAAGGAAGAGAAUGGGAAUUUUGCUUUCUAGUACAAGGAUCUUCCAUGGCUGCCUAUUUUGGUACUUGAUGGUUUUUCUUUCUUUUACUAUUUGGGUGUAAGCAUGCCAUGUUUCUAUUUUUAGUAACGGAACAUGGCGUGGGAUGUGCCUGUCUGUCUGUAAUGCUGUAAUGGCUAGCGUCUGGCAUUCGAAGAUAAGAGGAGGUUUCUUGUCGUAGUGUUGAUGUAUAUAGUGGGUGGCUGAUUAAAUGUCACGCAAGGAAUUCAGUGUCAUCUCUGGAUGAUUUCAUCAAUUGAUUAAGCCCCGUUUGGUGGUGUUUUUUGUUUUAAAAAGCCUAUUUGGUUGUUAAAAGGUUAUUUUCACUUCAGUUUUAACAUAAUUUGUUCGUACAAUUAUGAAAAAUUAUGAAGUUAUUCGUUA